UGGAUCCUGUUACUGAGAAUUGCCUGUGCUUCAAAAUGAAAGUGAGGAAGAAGAAUCCCCAAAAGUAUUAAUUUGAACAAUAAUUAUUGCUUUUACUAAUUUCACUGACUGCUGUAAUAGUGGAAUUGCAUGUUAACCUCCAACCUCCAUGAUGCAGUCGUGUUUACUUCCUGCUGUCACGGAGAGGAACUGUUGGAAGAAUACCAUCUGUUCCUGAUGACUUGUUAUAUCAAUUUUGUGGAUUUUUGGUUGUCUGAUCUACUAACACUUGUUUGAGACAGACCAGCGCUGCCUGUGAUAAAGAAGUUAUCUGAUUUAAUGUAAAUGAAGAAUGAUGCAAUAUUCUUUGUAUGUACAGCCUUAUAAGAAUCUUCUGUAAGGAGUUGCAGUAAGACAAACACUGAAAAUAACUUUGGUACAAUGUGUUGAAGCAGAGGAACUGGAAUCGUCCACCUUUGCAGAAGCUAAGAAAAUGUUUGCUGUUUUGUGAGUGGAAGCAGCUCUGGAGUGAAUUGAACUUCUGAAAAUGCGGCCAUGGACUGGUUCCUGGCGUUGGAUUAUGCUCAUCCUCUUUGCGUGGGGAACUUUACUCUUUUAUAUUGGUGGGCACCUGGUACGAGACAGCGAGCACCCAGAUCACUCCAGUCGGGAAUUAUCCAAGAUCCUUGCUAAACUUGAACGAUUAAAGCAGCAAAAUGAAGACUUAAGGCGCAUGGCAGAAUCUCUCAGGAUACCAGAUGGUCCCAUUGAUCAGGGACCAGCUGCAGGAAGGGUACAUGCUUUAGAGGAGCAACUUCUAAAGGCCAAAGAACAGAUAGAAAACUAUAAGAAACGGACAGGAGAUGUAGAAGGCCUUGGAAAAGACCAUGAAAUACUGAGAAGGAGGAUUGAAAAUGGAGCUAAGGAACUUUGGUUUUUCCUCCAGAGUGAAUUGAAGAAGUUGAAAAAUCUAGAAGGAAGUGAACUGCAAACACGCAUUGAUGAAUUUCUGUCUGAUUUGGGUCAUCAGGAAAGGUCAAUAAUGACCGACUUGUACUACCUCAGUCAAACAGAUGGAGCUGGAGAUUGGAGAGAAAAAGAGGCCAAAGAUCUAACAGAUUUGGUACAGAGAAGAAUAACUUAUUUACAGAACCCGAAGGAUUGCAGCAAAGCCAAGAAACUCGUGUGCAACAUCAACAAAGGCUGUGGCUAUGGCUGCCAGCUUCACCACGUGGUGUAUUGCUUCAUGAUCGCGUACGGCACGCAGCGCACGCUCAUCCUGGAGUCGCAGAACUGGCGCUACGCCACCGGCGGCUGGGAGACCGUGUUCCGGCCCGUCAGCGAGACCUGCACCGACAGAGCGGGCUCCACCACCGGCCACUGGUCAGGUGAGGCUAAUGAUAAGGAUGUUCAGGUGGUGGAACUUCCCAUUGUUGACAGCUUACACCCACGGCCACCCUAUUUGCCCUUGGCUGUCCCUGAAGACUUGGCUGAUAGACUAAUUCGUGUACAUGGGGAUCCUGCAGUGUGGUGGGUCUCACAGUUUGUGAAAUACUUGAUUCGUCCACAGCCUUGGCUAGAAAAAGAAAUAGAGGAAGCCACAAGGAAACUUGGUUUCAAACAUCCAGUGAUCGGUGUUCACGUCCGAAGGACAGACAAAGUAGGGACAGAGGCAGCAUUUCACCCCAUUGAAGAGUACAUGGUACACGUGGAAGAGCGGUUUGAGCUUCUUGCUCGCAGGAUGCAUGUUGAUAAAAAAAGAGUGUAUUUGGCUACAGAUGACCCUUCGUUGUUGCAAGAGGCAAAAUCCAAGUAUCCAAAUUAUGAAUUUAUCAGUGAUAACUCCAUAUCCUGGUCAGCAGGACUCCAUAACCGAUACACUGAAAACUCCCUCAGAGGUGUCAUUCUGGAUAUUCACUUUUUGUCUCAGGCAGACUUCCUGGUCUGUACGUUUUCAUCCCAGGUUUGUCGAGUUGCCUAUGAAAUUAUGCAGACGUUGCAUCCAGAUGCUUCGGCGUAUUUCCAUUCUUUGGAUGAUAUCUACUACUUUGGGGGACAGAAUGCUCACAACCAGAUUGCUAUUUAUGCUCAUCAUCCACGAACUGCUGAGGAAAUUCCUAUGGAACCUGGAGAUAUAAUUGGAGUAGCUGGAAACCACUGGGAUGGUUAUUCAAAAGGCAUCAAUAGGAAACUAGGAAGAACAGGCCUGUACCCAUCCUAUAAAGUUAAGGAGAAAAUUGAGACAGUCAAGUAUCCUACAUACCCAGAGGCUGACAAAUAGAUUAAAAGGAAGACAUUCAGCAGUUAUUAUAAAUAAAAAAAACCAACUCAAUUUUGAUUGGCUCAAACCAGCCAACAACACCCUAACUACUGGUUUCUAUGGGAUUCGAAUUUGCAUUUUGUCAUGCGGUUAAAAUCAAAGCCUUUGCAAUGAAACUGGAGAAGAAACUGAGAACAAGUGGAUGGGCUGUUGUCUGAACUUACUCUUAAACAUUUUUGUUAUAUGCAGUCUCACACAUGCACACACAAACCCACGUACAACAGGAAAACUGUUGUUUUAUACUUCUUGUCUCUUUUCAGGAGUUGUCCCAGUCAUUAGUCUUAUGUGAGCUUCGGGCUCUUUUCUCCACCAUUAAUUGACAAUAAUGUUCAGACUUAUAACACUGCCACAUUGUGUAAUUUGAGUGACAUGAACAUAUUUUGUAUGUGCAAAAUUUGGAACAUGGUGCCUAUAUUUGAAAAGUUUGUGACCUUUUUAGAAGAGCCAUGCCUGUUUCACAAUGGGCAAGAGUCCACUUUCAUCUGGUGUUACCAUGUCCACUGAACUUGCUUCAAACAACAGAUUCAGAUCUCAGACUAGAAUUCUUUACAAUUUUGGGGUUUUUUUAGCAUUCCAUUGAUUACUUCUCAUCAUUAAUAAAAUAAAGGUUACAUUCAACAACAAA